AUGGCACGGACUGAUGUCGCACCCAAAGAAAAGAAGAUUGUCAGCGCCUCAGCUGAAACUGUAUCUCAUCAACCAGCCACGGGGCAGAAGAAAGCCAUCUCAGAGAGCAGUCUUUGUGAGAGUCGCGUUGACAGUAGAAAAAGUCGAAAUAGUCGCGCGUCUCGUGUUUCAGUUGAAAGUCCGUACAGGUUGUGUGUUCUCAGCUCAAGGGACCGAAAUACCGAAUCAAGACUGCGCGCAUCUGAACUCUCCAACUAUGCCCAACCAACAGACAACGAUCAUGAUGCGUUGAAAAACAUUGAUGAAGUAGAAACUUGUCAGAUUGUUGGCAGCAAACAAACUGUGUCCUUUGAAAGCCCAACGUGCUUAGAAAGAAAUGACUCUCUCAAGACACCAACGAAUCGUCGGCGAAGUACGCUGUCUCAAGCCUUGUCCAAGACUAUAACAAUACCAGCUCCGCCGCCCUGUGUCUCCGUCACAUCAAUUCCCGCUGAUCCCGUCGUCCAACCCCAGGAGACGGUGAAGUCCUCUGGUGACAAGCCUAGACUGGUGCAGCUCUUCAAGAAGAUUUACAACAUCGUCCUGCUGUUUCGUGGCACGAGUCGCCAGUUGGCAGGGCAGGUUCAGAAGGACGACCAAGUGUUCCGGGUGAUUGGGCGGGACGGCAGAGCCAUUAGCUUUGACUUCCGCGAGUUCUGCACCAGCUCUAAGAACUAUGGGGGAUUGACGAAGAGAGCUAGAGAGGCCCUCGCACGCAGAUCAGGCCAGAGAGGUCAAGGGGAUAUCAAAUGUUUGUUGGAGGUGAUUAAUCGACUCCCUGUGUUCGCCAAGUACUCGACGGAUGUGAAGGAAGCCCUGGCUGACCGUCUCCACUACGAGCAGGUCGGGGCCGGGAGGGUGGUUAUAAAGCAGGGUCAUGACGGGACCAAUGUCUACUUCGUCGUGUCCGGGUCGCUGGGGUGUAGAUUGUCGGAGAAAGACCCACGAACAGGUGGCGAGUUGGUGACCUAUCUCCCCGACAUUAAGGCAGGCGCUACCUUCGGUGAGCUGGCCUUUGUCAGAAAAGUCAAAAGAAGCGCCACAGUUAUCUGUCACACUGACUGCGAGCUUCUGAUGUUGAGUAAGUCAGACUUCAACGAUGUUGUGAGGGAGGCGUGGGAACAACAGCGGCGGGAGAGGCUCGACUUCCUGCAUGGAUCUAAGUACUUCCAGUCCUGGACGGAAGCUGAGCUGGGAGCCGUGGCAGACGUGUCCAGUAUCAUGGACUAUAAGGAUAAUGAUAUCAUUCUUGGCAACGUCAAAGGCGUAUCACCCAAAAUCUAUUUCCUCAUGUCUGGCAAGUGCCGCGUCAUCAAGCAAGUCCCUCUUGUGCGUCUCAAAUCCCCUCACAAACCAUCGACUCUGGUGUUGCCGAACAAGACGUCACAGAAGGAGUUCUUGAACAAAAACUACGGCCGAGCUUACAGGGUCCAUUCACUGCACCCUCGCAACCUCACCAUCACGAGGCUGUACGAGGGGGACUACAUGGGAGCUGGAGAAGAUCUGGAAAAUGUAUACAUGAUAGCCGAUGGCAAGGCUAAGUGUAUAUGUAUGAACAUAGUCCAGUUUGAGAUAUUUGCCAAGAAGCAGCAACUUCGAGCCAUGGCCCAGAAACGGCAGUCCCUCAUUCCUGACAACCAGUCCCUGCAUCAGCGGCUGAUGCUGAACAGGUUGUGGAACAGGUACAAGGAGCAGGUGGUGCUGGAGGUGGUGGGCAAGAAGAAGAUCCAUGGCAGGGCUACAAUGUCCGACGUUCCAUGGUCCAUCAGGAUGGAACCCAGAGCAUGGUGAAGCUCAGUGAUGUGUCACAAUGGUGCAAUCUAAGACUGGUGAUGUAUAUUGCGAUGAUACAUCAUGAGCAUUCUGGGUUGUGCUACUGUACUGGUUUGACAGCAUCAUGGUCUAUGUUGCAAUAGUGUUUGGGGACCUUGCUGGCUUGUGUUUUCAUGAUGUUGAGCACUGCGCAUUCUUUCUAUAUAAGCAUAGAAAUGACCCAAAUAUCAGGAAAUGUUUUUGAAACGUUCAAGGCCGUGUCCCCUGGAAUCAGAUAGUUAAAACCAGGAAUGAUCUGUUCUGAAACUAUGGUUUUUCUGUUUUCUUCAAGAAAGAAAGAACGGACAAGACUCAGGAAAAUUAGAGCUGAUUAAUAUACUCUGUUAUAAUCUUUUUUCGUGUCACUCUGAGGACUAAGCGUUUUCACCUUAUACAAUUUGAUACUUUUCAAUGAAAGGUAUACCUACAUGAGUAGGAAGCUACAUCUGUGACUUCUGCAUAUUUGACCGUUUAAUUCAAAAUGUUUGUUUUUUUGUACCUGUUUUUGAGUUCGUAUGUGUAUAGAUUUGGGCAUGCGUGUGUAUGGACCUGCAAUGCACUGGUGAGAAUCCUUGGGGGAAUGUAAAUGCACUUAGUGUUAUUAAUUGGAGUUGAUAAAAAGGAAUCAAAAAUAUAUUUCCUUAUGUUUCAUACAAUCAGGGCAUGCUGGUAAUAUUAGAAUGUUUUUGUUUUUUAUCUGCACGGAAAUUAUAUAAUGCAAAUCAUUUUUAAAUAGGAAUGUCUCAAAGCACUCAUCAAGUACCUGUUAAAGAUUUAGGAGCAUGGAGUGCCUUACCUGAUUGUAUAGUUAGACAUUUGGCUGCCCGACAUCCCUGGCAAACACAACUCUUUAUUCGCUGUCCUUACCUCUAAUAUCCUAUCAGUGGAUACUGCCGAGUGGAGCAAACUGUCCUCCAGGUGCAUUUAUCAGGCCAGGGAUGGUCUUUCAUUGGACAAGACUCUCCUCAAUGCCCGUAAUCUCAUUAUAAGAUGCCCUGGAAGCAGGUUCUAUGCAUCUUUUUCAAGUUUCCAUUCCAUUUAAUUCACCAGUUUAUUCUGUUCAUUUCAGUUCGUUAUUUUUUAACCUUCUGCAUAGCAGUCAUGUUAUUAAUAUACCGCACUUAUUUAAAUCAUAUUUGUUGCAUCUGUCAACUAUCUGUGGUUUAGUCAACUUCUUGAUUGAGCAUGUAUCUGUUCAACUUAGAACAUGAUUCUUUAACUUUAAUUUCA